CAGUUGAAUGGCGCUGCUGCCAAGCCUUGGAAAGGGUGAACUUUAGGACCCAGAAGGUUUUGGAGGCGUAGAAGGGUUAUUGGGUGAAAAGGAAGGAGCAGUCUGAGUAUUGCACAGAGGAAGUAGUGUGCUUUCUUUGCUGACGGCUGAACCACAGCACUUGAUAUGGCUUCUUCUCCAACUGUGUUGAUGCGCCUAAUGGCCUCUGCAUAUUCUGUUGCGCACAGAGCUGGAACAAUAGUCAGAAAUGUGAUGACUGGUGGAGACCUGGGCAUAGUGGAGAAGUGUGGACCCAAUGACUUGCAGACCAAAGCUGACCGACUGGUACAAAUGAGCAUUUGCGCUUCACUGGCACGAAAAUUCCCCCGCGUGACAAUCAUCGGAGAAGAGGACCUGCCCCCUCAUGAUGUAGAUGAGGAGUUGAUUGAGGACGGUCAGUGUGAGGAAAUACUGAAGAAAGCUUUUCCACCACAGUACAGUUCCAUUAAAGAGGAAGAGCUUGUUGUGUGGGUUGAUCCUCUGGAUGGAACCAAAGAAUACACGGAAGGUCUCCUCGACCAUGUAACAGUUCUUAUUGGAAUUGCUUAUGAAGGUAAAGCAAUAGCAGGAGUUAUUAACCAGCCCUUCUACAACUAUGAGGCAGGAGCAGAUGCCAUGCUGGGUAGGACAAUCUGGGGUGUCCUAGGUUUGGGUGCCUUUGGAUUUCAGCUGAAAGAAGUGCCAGCUGGGAAACACAUCAUCACUACUACCCGUUCACACAGCAGUAAGCUGGUAAAUGACUGCAUUAGUGCAAUGAACCCUGAUAAUGUGGUGAGAGUCGGAGGUGCAGGAAAUAAGAUCAUUCAGCUGAUAGAAGGCAAGGCUUCUGCUUAUGUCUUUGCUAGUCCUGGGUGCAAGAAGUGGGAUACGUGUGCUCCUGAGGCUAUUUUACACGCUGUGGGAGGCAAGCUGACUGAUAUCCAUGGAAAUCCUUUUUAUUAUAACAAGGAGGUGAAACACAUGAAUUCAGCAGGGGUCCUUGCCACGUUGAGAAACUUUGACUACUAUGCCAGUCGUGUUCCAGAGAGCGUUAAACAAGCCCUUGUGCCUUAAAGAAGGAAGCCAACUGUGGUGGGGGGAAAAACAUUAACAUAAUAUUUCAAGCUAACUGCCAAAUGAGCUUGAAUAUUCUUUUUAUGAAAUCUGAGCCUAGAUUCAUUCUGAUAUUGUGCUGAUCAGUGAUUUGUUUCAGAAAUUAGUGUACAGAAUGUCUAGAUACGGGGGGAG